UUUAACAAGGUAAUGACUCCAUUAAUCCCAUUUCUUGUUCUUCAAUCCUCUUAUAUGAUUAUUCAAUCAUAUUUCACACCCUAGUAUUGUUCUACAUGUUGGGAAGUGUAGAAUGAGGGGUUGGAAGGUAGUUUAAAGUCCAAGAACGGACUUAGAAGCCAAAGUGACCGGUUCGCCGGAAAAUAACCUUUUGAGGUUAUUUAUAUUACUAUGGGUUUUAUGAUGAUAAAACCUUGUUAGUAACUUGUCUAAGGUAUUCAAGGAACUUUCACGGAGUUGAAAGGGUCAUCGGAGUUGUCGCCGGAGUUCGUUGAAGUUCGCCGGAGUUUCGCCGAAGCUAAAUCGGGAAGGCUAGAACUUCAUAAGCUUCAUUAAGGUGAGAAGACGGCUUUAUGCUUUAUAACUUUUGCGUGAGGCCUGAGAUUACCUAAAGUAAUCAAGGCUAUGUUUUGUGGAAUGAUUAAAGAUAACCAAGUGGUUGCUUAUGCCAUGAUUAUACAUAAAACAUAGUUGAAAAGCAUGUUAUGUAGGUUUGGUGAUUAAAAAUGUGAUAACUUAUUAUGUGUGAUGUUCCAGGGAUCCAAAAUGGUAUUUUUGGAUCAAGGACGUCAAGAAGUAUAUGUGUGUAAAAUUUCACGUUAAUCGGACUCCGUUUGGGUGGUCAAACGAGCGUUGACCGUCAAGUCAACUGCCAUACCCGACCGGGUAUUGACACAUACCCGACCGGGUAUUUGCUAAAGAAUUGCCCUAGGGGGCUACUGCCUCCUAUACCCGAUCGAGUAUGGGUAGAUACUCGAUCGAGUAUACAUUGAAAAUUAGCUUUGUGGGCUACUGUCUCCUGUACUCGAUCGAGUAUGGGUAGAUACUCGAUCGAGUAUUGGUUUAUGCUCAAAACGGGCAGUUUUGAGUAGGUUAACGUGGGCCGUUCAGGUGGGACCCACCCACGUUGGUUCCUAAGGAUUGUUAUAUGACUAUAGGGCUAGGCAUUGUCCAUAGUUAAAGGAAUGAAAGGUUAGCCUUAUCCAGGUUAGGAUUUGGUAGAGGAUAGACUGGGGAUUGAGUACCCUUGAACGGUAAAUGAUCCAGAAUACUCCAGGUGGGGUCGAGUACCUUUGGACGGUAUAUGAUCCAGAAUAUUCCAGGUGGGGUCGAGUACCCUUGGACGGUAAAUGAUCCAGAAUACUCCAAGUGGGGUCGAGUACCCUUGGACGGUAAAUGAUCCAGAAUACUCCAGGUGGGGUCGAGUGCCCUUGGACGGUAAAUGAUCCAGAAUACUCCAGGUGGGGUCGAGUACCCUUGGACGGUAAAUGAUCCAGAAUACUCCAGGUGGGGCCGAGUACCCUUGGACGGUAAAUGAUCCUAAAUACUCUAGGUGGGGUUGAGUGCCUUGGACGGUAAAUGAUCCUAAAACACUCGGUAGUAUGAAUCGAAGGUAGACUAUAGCUUGUGAGCUCGGCAACCGGGAAAGGAGUGAGAAAAGUCAGGUAAGAACUUUAUCUCUAAAAGAAUCUUUAAGGUAAAUGACCUACGGGUUGAGUAUUUUACGAGUAUAUAUACAGUAUGUAUCAUCGGGUGGAUGAGAGACAUCUAUAUAUAUGUAUCACCCUAUUUUUGGGUCUCGUGUCUGAAACAUUAGUUAUUCUUCAUAUAGCCUACUUGUCACUAGUACUUCUAUGGAGUACUGACCCCUCCGGGGGGCCUCACAUUUUCCAGAUUAAGGCUAGAGUCCUACUACCUGCACCUUUGCCUAGGGUGAUCAUUCAAGGAGGAAGAUGUGGUUCGUGCUUCCAUUCGUAUUUGAAAUUUAUAAACCGCUCAUGGAUUUUUGAACAAUGUUUUCCUUAAAACAGUUGGGGGCCUGCGUGCCCGUGUUUGCCACGUGUGGCUAAGUAUCAAACAUAUUAUUAUUUCCGCAUUUGUUUGAUUAUGAUAUUGAUGUUGAUUAUAUGUGUUUACUAAUCGGUUUGGCAAUAGAAUCAAUCGGACGCCUUGUACAAUUCAAUAGGGAUGAACUGUUGUUGUUCUUAUCGGGUUGUACGGCGGUUGUCUACGUGGCUCGGAUGCGGUCCAGGGCGUGACAAUUAAGUGGUAUCAGAGCCAUCGGUUUCUAAACUAUAUAAUUAACCUCUCAAUAUGGUUAUCCUCAAAAAGUUUUGAAUAAAACCAUGAGCAAAAGUUUUUGUACUUAAGGAACCGUUUGAAACCAAGUUAUUGACCUCUUAUUGUUAAAACGGUACCCUUAACAGUUUGUUGGCCAUAAUGUUGGACCAAGUGGUGUCUUCUGUACUAAUCUGUCAAUUGACAUUGAAAUGAGUCUAAUGACUCAUUCCUUAUUUCUUUCAGAAAUGGAGGGUGGACGCAGGAUUACUAGGAGGAACCCGACGGGUCAUGCACCGGGGGCCACCGGGCACGAUACACGGGCUGAAUCACGGACCUCUAGGGGUAGAGGCCGGGGCCAAGGCCGAGGCAGGGGUCGUGGGCGUUCUACAACGUCGAUGGCAAGUAGCACGCGUGUCGGUUCUGUGCACCCAUCUUGGAUCACCGAACCGGACGAUUUCACAUAUGCUCCAAGCACGGAGCAAGAGGAGACCCCGUACAACGGGGAGGACUUUGAUGAAGAAGAUGAGGAUGACGAUCCUCAUUAUGACCGUAUGAGUGAGGUACUAGAAUGGUACCUGGAAAAUAAGGCAAAGAGAGAGCAGCGGCGCCAAGCUAGACAGGUUAGGCAAGCCGUGGGACAGGGGAGCCGGGGGGCUUCUAGUGCUCCAUCUGGGGCAUUCGGUGGAGACACGAUGGUACGUAUCUCCAAGUACCUCAAGGAGGCUAGAGCCUUGGGGUGCAAGUCAUUUGAUGGCAAGGGCGACAUUUCUGAGGCCGCCGACUGGAUUAAGAAGCUGAAUGAUGCUUCCAGGGACAUGCAAAUUGGACUCGACGUGAAGUUGAGGGUUGUCACCAGGCUACUUGAGGGGGUAGCUGCUGUGUGGUGGGAAGGCGUGGAAGGGAAGUUCCACGGUGAAGCCACUUAGGAGAAAUUCGAAGUGGAGUUUUAUAAUCAGUACUACUCAAUUUUUGAAGUCAAUCUCAAAAGGAGAGAGUACACAAACCUGAAACAAUAGGAUGGUUGCUCGGUGAGGCAAUUGGAACAGAGGUUCCGUGACUUGGCACGAUUCAUCCCAGAAUACUCUUUGGAUGAAAAUCGUAUGGCCAAUCACUUUUGGGAUGCUCUACAGUUGGACAUCCGUGACCGGGCUACUUACCAUCAUAACAUGACAUUUAGCCAGAUCGUCGAUCAAGGGCUCCUUGGGGAAGCCCAAUGGAACGAGAGGAAGUUGAGGGACGCCGAGGAGGCGAAGAAGAGAAGAUGGGGAAACUCUGGACCCCAAGACCACUCUCGGAAGCAUCACGCCGGGGGUGGCAAUUCAUUCAGGGCGCCGGCACCACCGACGAAAAGGAAUAAGGGCUCAGAAGGGCAAGGGGCAAAACAAGGGAGUACAUGGUCACCGAGGUGCGCAAAUUGCGGCAAGAACCAUGCGGGGAAGUGCAAUGAACCACCCCGAUGUUACAAAUGUGGUAGCACGAGCCACCUCAAAUCCUCUUACCCAAUGUUGAAUGGAUGGGGACCAUCGGGGGUUAUGGAAGGACCUACGGCUAGUAGGGGACACGCGGGACCAUCCCAGGCCGACGCAGGAAGGGGCGGACCCACGGCUAGCAACGCCGCGUCCGUUAACCAAGGGAGGACCCAGGCACAGGUAUAUGCUAUGACCAAGGCUGAUGCUCGGGCCAACCCGGACUCCAUUGCAGGUAAUCUCGUGAUUACACACGCAUUUUGUUGAUGUAUUUGGAUUAAAAAUCUUCAAAAAAAAUAUGAAGGACCCGAUCGGGUAUCCCUAUAGACCCGACCGGGUAUAGACCAUGCUUCGAUUUUGAAGUGUGUACUCGUUCGGGCAAGCGUGGCAGAAUCCUUCAUUUUUGACACUUCGAGCAAUACCCGAUCGGGUAUGGCUAUAUACUCGAUCGGGUAUGUGUAAAAAUUGAGCUUCGAGGUGUGUACUCGAUCGAGCGUUGAUGACAGGAAGCUAUUAAAUUGGAAAUUUUGAGUGAUACUCGACCGGGUAUAGGCAUAUACUCGACCAGGUAUCGACAUUUAUCUCGAGUUUGAAGUGUGUGCCCGAUCGAACAUUCAGAGCAGAACGUUGUGAUGUUUUUAGCCAUGCCCGACCGGGUAUGGGAAUAUACCCGACCGGGUAUAGAUAAAUUGUUCGGGUUCGAGGCCGGUACUCGACCGAGCAAGGAAAACAGAAGGUUUUUCCUUAAGGACUCGAGUGAUACCCGACCGGGUAGAGGACCCUACCCGACCGGGUAUAGGGUAUCCCUAGGCUGAAUUUUUUUUCGUUCGGUCCUUUUCAGUCGGGAUGUUGAGUAGUGUGUCUUGCAUGACUUAUGUAUGUAGGGACACUAACGAUCAACGAUAGGGAUGCGAGAAUUCUCAUCGAUACCGGAGCACAACGUUCAUUUGUGAGCGAAGCGUUUGCCAAGGGUUUGGACAUGCCUUUGGUAGCAAUGAUACAACCUUUGUUGGUCUCCACGCCAUUGGGAGAUGAUGUAGAGCGGAAACACUACUAUCCCUCGCGUAAUGUAGGGAUAGGGGAGCACUGUCUAACGGGUGACUUUGUGUCGUUAGAUAUGCUCGAGUUUGAUGCUAUACUGGGCAUGGAUUGGCUCGAAAAACUCCAUGCGAAAGUAGAUUGCUACACCAAGAUGUUAGAACUAAAAGAUGGAGAAGGAAAUACUCUAUGCUUCGAGGGAGAUAGAGGGAAAUUCAAUCCUUGUAUCAUAUCGGCCAUAAGAGCAAGGUGUAUGAUGAGGAAAGGGUGUCAAGCAUGCUUGGCCUAUGUCAUAGGCAAGGAAGGCAAGGGAAAGAGUCUCAUUGAGGUGAGAGUGGUGAGUGAGUACCCAGAAGUUUUCCCUGAAGAACUCCCGGGACUCCCACCAGAUCGAGAAAUUGAGUUCACCAUUGAAGUAGAACCCGGUACAAAACCCAUCUUGAUUCCUCCAUAUCGGAUGGCACCGGCUGAACUUCAAGAGUUGAAGGUUAAAUUAGAAGAAUUACUGGACAACGGAUUCAUUAGGCCGAGUCAUUCACCGUGGGGAGCACUGGUACUCUUUGUAAAGAAGAAAGAUGGUACACUCAGAAUGUGUAUCGAUUAUCGUCAGUUGAACAAGGUCACGGUAAAGAACAAAUACCCUUUGCCAAGGAUCAAUGACUUAUUUGAUCAACUACGGGGGGCAACCGUGUUCUCUAAGAUCGACUUGAGGUCAGGCUACCAUCAACUGAAGAUCAAGAAGAGUGACAUACCCAAAAGUGCAUUUCGUACAAGGUAUGGUCACUAUGAGUUCCUAGUAAUGUCGUUUGGGCUUACGAACGCACCCGCGGCAUUCAUGGACCUCAUGAAUCGAGUAUUCCAUCAAUACUUGGACCAAUUCGUCAUAGUGUUCAUUGAUGACAUUUUGAUAUACUCCAUGAAUGAAGAGGAGCACGAAAAACAUCUAAGGCUUGUGUUUGAAACACUGCAGGAGAAGCAACUCUUUGCCAAAUUCUCUAAAUGUGAAUUUUGGCUUGGGGAGAUCGGUUUCCUCGGGCAUGUGGUAUCGGGCUCGGGCAUUUCAGUUGAUAACUCAAAGAUUGAAGCGAUCACUAAUUGGGAGAGGCCCAAGAAUGUGAAGGAGAUAAGGAGUUUCCUCGGUUUAGCGGGGUAUUACCGCAAAUUUGUGGAGAAGUUCUCGGUGAUAACAUCUCCACUCACGAAGCUCACUAAAAAGGGGGCUAAGUUUGUGUGGGAUGACAAGUGUGAGAAGGGGUUUCUUGAGUUAAAGAAACGUUUGACCGAAGCACCAGUGCUUGCCUUACCCGUGCAAGGGUUAGGGUAUGACAUCUACAGUGAUGCCAACAUUCAGGGACUGGGAUGUGUACUGAUGCAACCGAGGAAGGUAAUUGCUUAUGCUUCUUGGCAGUUGAGAAAGCAUGAAGUAAACUACCCCACACAUGAUCUGGAGCUAGGUGAUGUGGUGUUUGCAUUGAAGAUUUGGAGACACUACCUCUACGGAGAGUUGUGUCACAUCUAUACUGACCACAAGAGCUUGAAGUAUGUGUUCACUCAGAAAGAGUUGAACAUGAGACAGAGAAGAUGGAUGGAGUUGAUCAAGGAUUAAAACUUGAUCAUUGACUAUCAUCCAGGCAAGGCUAAUGUAGUAGCCGAUGCAUUGAGCAGGAAGAGCUCAUCAUCAGGGGUUUUACUCACAUGCUUACGGGCAUUGAGGGCACGCGUGGAGGUAUCCACGGAUGGGACGCUAUUGGCCAGAUUUGAGGUGAGACCCAUCUUAUUAGAUGAAAUCAGAACAUGUCAAGGCAAUGACGAGGAAUUUCAGAAAAUUCGGGAACGAAUGCUUGUGGGGCUCGUCGAGGGUUUCCGUGAGAGAGAAGAUGGAAUUCUACUAUUCAAGGAAUGAGUGUGUGUGCCAUCGGAUGAGGAGCUCCGAAAAUCUAUCCUUGAGGAGGCUCACUCAUCUGCGUAUGCCAUGCACCCGGGCGGUACAAAGAUGUACCGGGACUUGAAAGAAAGUUACUGGUGGUCGGGGAUGAAGAGAGAGAUUGCAGAAUACGUGAGUCGUUGCCUUACCUGUCAACAGGUUAAAGCAGAACACCAACACCCAGCAGGGUUACUACCACUUACCAUUCCAGAAUGGAAGUGGGAGCAUGUUACCAUGGACUUCGUGGUGGGUCUGCCAUGGACGGUUAAGAACUACGACGCAGUAUGGGUGGUGGUUGAUAGACUGACCAAGAGUGCUCAUUUUCUACCUAUCAACACUACCUAUACGCUCGAGCGAUUGGCCAAAUUGUACACAGAUGAGAUUGUGAGGCUGCGUGGGGUUCCGGUUACUAUAGUAUCGGAUAGAGACCCACGGUUGACAUCACGCUUUUGGCCUAAGUUCCAGGAAUCCAUGGGUACGAAAUUGAGGUUUAACACCGCAUUUCAUCCUCAAACGGAUGGGCAAUCUGAACGGGUGAUUCAGAUUUUGGAGGACAUGUUGAGGGCAUGUGCCUUGGAGUUCCGAGGAAGCUGGGACAAUCAGUUGGACUUAGUGGAAUUCACCUACAACAACAGUUAUCAGGCAAGUAUAGGCAUGCCUCCAUACGAAGCAUUGUAUGGGAGGAAAUGCCGGACACCAUUGUGUUGGGACGAGGUCGGCGAGGCUAAGCUCGAGGGCACCGAGCUAGUCGAGAUCACUAAAGAGAAGAUAAAAGUCAUACAGGAUAGGCUCAAGGCUGCUCAAGACCGGCAGAAGAGCUAUGCUGAUAAACGUCGGAGGACGUUGGAGUUUGAGGUCGGUGACGAGGUAUUUCUGAGGGUGUCACCUUGGAAAGGGAUCAUCAGGUUCCUCAGUCGGGGUAAGCUUAACCCACGCUAUAUAGGUCCGUUCAAAAUCCUUGAAAGGAUCGGGGUUGUAGCUUACCGACUUCAGUUGACCCCGGAGUUAGAGAAAAUUCACAAUGUAUUUCAUGUUUCUAUGCUCAAGAAGUAUGUGCGGGACCCGUCACAUAUUCUUGAGAAACCACCGGUGAAAAUCCGAGAAGACCUACACUAUACGGUGCAGUCGGUAAAGAUCAUAGACCGACAGGUGAAGAAGCUAAGGAGCAAAGAGGUGUCGAUGGUAAAGGUAUUUUGGAAGAGUGAUCGAAUCGAGGAGCAAACUUGGGAAGUGGAGACCUUGAUGAGGGAACAAUAUCCAUUUCUGUUUGAUUAGACACGUGGAUUUCGGGGACGAAAUCCCAAAUAAGGGGGGUAGAACUUGUAACACCGCCCCCAAGUAAUUGUACCUUAUCAAAUUAUGUAUUGAACCCUGGGAAAUAAAUAAAAGCAUUUUUACGUAAUUGUAAAUUUCUAUCAUUUCUUUUACGUGAAUAGUAAAAUUCAUGUGGGACCCACACCGGAAGUGGGGCCGCCCGAUAUUAUCGGGACCACAUAUUAUAAUAAUCUUGGACUAGAUAAUAUGUAUAUGGUGGUGGAUAUCAAGGAGGAAGAUGUGGUUCGUGCUUCCAUUCGUAUUUGAAAUUUAUAAACCGUUCAUGGAUUUUUGAACAGUGUUUUCCUUAAAACAGUUGGGGCCUGCGUGCCCGUGUUUGCCACGUGUGGCUAAGUAUCAAACAUAUUAUUAUUUCCGCAUUUGUUUGAUUAUGAUAUUGAUGUUGAUUAUAUGUGUUUACUAAUCGGUUUGGCAAUAGAAUCAAUCGGACGCCUUGUACAAUUCAAUAGGGAUGAACUGUUGUUGUUCUUAUCGGGUUGUACGGUGGUUGUCUACGUGGCUCGGAUGCGGUCCGGGGCGUGACAUACGUAGUCCAACAUACCGCAGUUUCAGGGCCCAAGGGCCAGGGGACGUACGUCUCAUAGCUCUCACCAUGGGGAUCAGGCUGCCACCAAAA